UCAACUUUGAGCCGGUGUUAAACACGCUAACACGGGCGCCAGAGCAAGAUUAAUCGAAUCCCUCACUGACGAGCUACAGACCCCCCAACGAGUAAACAGUGAAGCAUGCGCAUGAUAAAUCUCGCGAGUUUACCAAAACGGGAAACGAGCAAAAAGUAUUGGAUUAGAAGCGUUUAUAAUAUAAUGCAACAACAUUAGUGAGUAUUUGGAAGAAAUAGAGCAGAACCUGGAACAUGAUGCAUGGCGAACAAGCAUUUAGUAGGAAUAUAUAUUUCAAAGGAAUUUGCAUUCUCUUCGAUUUGGUUUAUUCGCCAUUCAUUUUCUGCCGGUUGAAUUCACUCAACUCUUGACUUUUUCCUAUCCUGGCUUUGAUGAACAAAAGCCUCCCUAUCAUAUAGAUUCUGUUUAGGGCCUACCUACAUGCACUAUUGAACUAACGGAACUAAAGUCUGACGUUAUGUUCGGUGCAUUGGAUCAGAGCCUACUGGUGGAAAGCUGUGCUGUGGUGUCCUAUUCGUUGUGAGAGACAUGGACAACAGACUGGGUCUGGGUGAUGAAGAGGAGGGAGAUGUGGGGACCCUGUGGCACUCUUUGGACUGGCUGACGUCCUGUGUGAUGGUGGCUGGAGGGGCUCUGCCUUACGCCUCACAGUACCGGCAGAUCCUUCGGACCAAGAACACAGACGGCUUCUCUACACGCGUCUGCCUGGUUCUGCUGGUCGCUAACAUCCUCCGCAUCCUCUUCUGGUUUGGGAAGCAGUUUGAGGUGACUCUGCUCCUGCAGAGUGUGGUGAUGAUUCUCACCAUGCUGGUGAUGCUCAACCUCUGCUGCUCUGUACAGAACACCAACCGUAUCAGCACCAAACAGCACCACAUCACAGAUCUGGAACCCCGGUUCUUUUGGAGCUGGGAUGGCUUUGAGGACUACCUCAUCUUCCUAUUGGCCUUCACGCUGCCCUGUGCCUUCACCACCCUUCUCCUCCUGGACUCCUCUCUGUUUGUGGAGUCCCUGGGCUUCCUGGCCGUGCUGACGGAGGCCAUGCUGGGGCUACCACAGCUGCUCCAGAACCAACGCAACCACUCCACCACCGGCAUGAGUGUGAACAUGGUCCUACUGUGGAUGGCCGGGGACAGCUUCAAGACGGCCUACUUUGCCCUGAAGGAGAGCCCGCUCCAGUUCCUGUUGUGUGGGUUGACUCAGGUACUGGUGGAUCUGGCUAUCCUCUAUCAAGUGUGUCUCUACAGCCAAGACCCCUGGGACAAACUGGCUUAACUAACCCUAACCCUAGCUAUCUCUAACCCUAACUAUCUCUAACCCUAGCUAACUCUAACCCUAGCUAACUCUAACUAACGCUAACCCUAGCUAACGCUAACCCUAGCUAACUCUAACCCUAACUAACUCUAGCUAACUCUAACCCUAGCUAUCACAAGCUAACUCUUUCAUUAGCUAACACUAGCUAACUCUAACCCUAGCUAACUCUAACCCUAGCUAAUUCUAACCCUAGCUAUCACUAGCUAACUCUAACCCUAGCUAACACUAGCUAA